AUGACUUAUUCCGGAAGGAAUAAAUUCGAGAUAGCUAGGUUUUCAGGAGAAGAUGAAAAUCAUAUCAACAGAAAAUUGCCCAAAGAGUUACUUCUUAGGAUAUUGUCUUACCUGGACGUAGUUUCUCUCUGCCGCUGCGCUCAGGUUUCAAAACUAUGGAACAUACUUGCUUUAGAUGGUUCUAACUGGCAGAGAAUAGACUUGUUUGAUUUCCAGCGAGACGUGGAGGGUCCUGUAAUAGAAAACAUUUCAAGGAGAUGCGGAGGUUUCCUUCGACAGCUGUCACUGCGUGGAUGCGAAAGUAUUGCAGAUGGCUCUAUAAAAACACUUGCACAGUCCUGUCCGAACAUUGAAGAUUUAAACCUAAAUAAAUGUAAGAAGCUGACAGACCAAACUUGCCAGGCUUUAGGCAGGAGAUGUAGUAAAUUACAAAGGAUUAAUGUGGAUUCUUGUCCAAGCAUUACAGAUAUUUCUCUGAAGGCGCUUUCGGAUGGCUGUCCUCUACUGACACAUGUAAAUGUAUCAUGGUGCCAAUCAAUAACAGAUAAUGGUGUUGACGCAUUGGCUCGAGGCUGCCCUAAACUGAAAAGCUUCAUUUGCAGAGGAUGCAAAAAUGUGAAUGACAAAGCUGUGUCAAGCCUAGCUACUCAUUGUCCAGACUUAGAAGUUCUCAAUGUACAGGGUUGUGACAACGUGACGGACGAGUCGAUAUCGAAGCUCGGCGGCGGCAUGCGGCGGCUGUGCGUGUCCGGCUGCGGCCGGCUGACGGACGCGUCGCUGGCCGCGCUCGCCGUCCGCUGCCCGGCCCUGGUCACGCUGGAGCUGGCGCAGUGCAGCCAGCUCACGGACGCCGGCUUCCAGGCGCUCGCCAGGAAUUGCAGAUUGCUGGAGCGUAUGGAUUUAGAAGAAUGUGUUCUAAUAACAGACACCACUCUUGUUCACUUGUCGAUGGGUUGCCCAAGGCUUGAGAAGUUGACUUUGUCACAUUGCGAACUUAUAACAGACUACGGAAUCAAACAGCUGUCUAUGUCUCCGUGUGCUGCGGAGCAUCUCACUGUUUUAGGUUUAGACAAUUGCCCCUUGGUGACUGAUGGGGCCUUGGAGCAUUUGACCUCAUGUCAUAAUCUUCAGCUUAUAGAAUUGUACGACUGUCAGAUGGUGACAAGGAACGCCAUACGCAAGUUGAGGAGCCACCUGCCCAAUAUAAAGGUGCACGCGUACUUCGCGCCGGUGACGCCGCCCGUGGCCGGCGGGGGGGCGAGGCCGCGCUACUGCCGCUGCUGCAACAUCAUA